AUGAGCAAACGUUUUGCAUCCUUUGGUGGUCCCUCGGUGCCCACUUCUUCUCCUGUCGCAGGCCAAUCGACGAACUCGAAUCCGACCAAGUCCGGAGGAAAGAAGAAGUCCAAUCCUACUAGUCCCAAUCCUCGUUCUCCUCGACCCAAAUUCGAUACAUCGGGAUCUGGCACUUCUGCGCAUGCUCCACGAAGGUCAAAGGCCCAAGAAGAAACUGAGAUUCAAGCUCUGGUUCGGUUGACACUCAAGCGCGCUUCUCUGGAAUUAAAAGGAUGGGGAAAGACGGGUGGGAAGUUUGGAUUGCAAGAUGCUAAACUAAUGGUCGAUCAAGUCACGGAACUCGAUAACUCGAUUGGAUCGCUCUCUCCAAAAGUACAACCGACGUUUAGAGUGGUCUCGCAGAAAUUAGAUUACAUAAGACUCCAUCGAGACAAUAUACGAAAUGCGUCUCGCGAAAUAGACCGUAGCUUCUCCACCCUUGUCAAACGAGCCAAUGCACUUGAGCAAGCGCUCAUGGAAUAUGCGCAAACGAAUGGUAUUGAAGCUGCUGAAGAUAACCCUUUAUGGGCGGAUAGAACCUGGUCCCUUGGGCAGUUUGUGCUUCACAUGCACCAAAUUCUCCGACCCUUGAGUAGGUAUCGACAUACAUUCCAGCUGCUUUCCGAAAAGAUCAUUGCGUAUAGCUUGUCCGGUGGAUUAAACAGCGACGGUGUUGAUAUUCCGGAAAGCGAACGCCCUAAGCCAUCUAGAGGAGCGGUGGCUCCGACGUUUGAAGAGACCCGGAACGCGAUGGUUCUUUGGGCGACAGAGGCUGCGUCCAUCGAAGAGUUGGCCAAGAGUGGAGCGAGAUGUGCGCUUUGGAGGUUGUGGGAUGGGAUAAAAAGUUCGAGUUGGAUGCAUAUUCGAGUGACGAAGAUGAAGAUGAAGAUGAGUUGGGUUGAUGGUGCUAGGUAG